AUAGAAUUAACGAAUGAAGCUGUUACAAUAUUUUAUUUUUUCACAAUGGCAUUUCAGAUUUCAUUGACUGAAACUUCUUCAAUUUUUGAUUUUGAAUAUGCAGAUGGUAUAAAGUUGAAUGGACCUUAUGAGGUCUGUUUGAAAAGUUUUGUGACUUAUAACAACAUACCCAACAUAUCGGAAGUGAAUAACAAUAUAACUUUUGUGGAUGUAGAUAAUAAGGAUAAGGAUAAUGAAAUACCUAAGGCUGAGUUCAUAGAAAUUCGAGACUCAAACAAUAAUAUUAUCAAUAUCAAUGAUGAAAGUCUCACAUAUAACCAUAGGUUUGACCUUCCAAAAAAGAAAAACAAUGUAUACCCCUUUUCUAUACCCACUGGUACAUAUGAGAUUCAAGAUAUCGUUAAAUAUAUUGAAAAUUUGGAUAAAAUUAAAAACACCGGUACUUUCUUACGUCUGAAUAAAAACACAUUCAAGAUGGAAAUCAAAAGUCCCUUGCAUGUUGAUUUCAGACCUGCAAACUCAAUUGGUCGAACGUUGGGUUUUAGUCCCAGACUUUUAGGUCCCAAUGAACUACAUCAUUCAGAUUUACCUGUGCAGAUUUUUACUGUGCACACCAUCAAAGUGAAAUGCAAUUUGAUUAAAUGCAAUGUUGAUAAUCUGAAGCGUAAUGACAAUACAUUUUAUGAAUUUCCAUUUAAAGUUGAAAGUGGUGAGAAAAUCAUUGAAAGACCAAUUACGUUGUGUUAUUAUCCUAUUGUGAGACUGGAUAGCAUUUAUCAACUACAAUUGAGAGUUGUUGAUCAAAAUGAUAGGUUGGUUGAUUUUCAAGGUGAACAAAUUGCAAUUACUUUGGGUUUCCAACCAGCUAGAUGAAAAACAUUAAAUAGAGGUUAGGAGACUGUUGAUAUUCUAAUUAUUACAAUGGAUGAUAAAACAAUCAGAGAUUAUUUGGAAUCUGGUAGAGCUUUGAAACAAAAGUUUGAAGAAAUGAAAUUUGGUAAACUAACCAAACGUAUUCAGCUGGAAGAAAGGUUCAAGCCAAUUACAGAAUCCUUGCAGACUUUGAAUGAAAAUAUGACAAAGUCUAUACAAGUGCAGGGAGACAAAGGUAUUCCUUUCAUUUUGAAUGACUUAUUAAAACCUGGUAAAAAUAUUGAUAAACACUUUGGUGUGAGAAUUGAAAAUAGAGGUUUAUUUGUUGGUAAUUCCCAAUUAACAAUCACACCUGAUAAUAAUGUUCUUUUGGAAUCUGAUCAAAGUUUGUAUAAGGGUACUCCUGGUCUUUGGGAAUUACUCACUGCUGAAAAUCCUCAACAUUAUGAUGCUAGAGAUUUGAGCAAUUAUGAACAAAUUGUGUUACGUUCUUAUGCUUACAGGCGUAAAAAUGAUAGACAUAGCCCAUACUAUAAAGCUACAAAUACUAACAAGUAUAGAACUUUAAUCAGGCCAAUGCUAGUGAAGUACCACAUUAUUAAACAACAACAACAACCUCUGUCUGUAAUAAAAGAAACUGAAACUGACGAUGAAGAUGAUGAAUUCUAUGAUACCUCAUUUUAUGAGGAUGAAGAUCUUAAAAAAGGUUCUGGAUUGCGUAAGUUUAAUACAGGGCAACCUGUGGAGUAUGUUCAUUGGAAUACUGUUGAUGAAUUAGUUGAAAGACUGUGUCAUUUGUGGGGUGAAAUACAAUCUGGCAACACAAAUCCUAUUUUACUCAAUGAAAUAGUCAACAUCAUUCAGGAAUUCAAAGAACUUUGAAAAACGUUAUAUAGACUUAUGAGCAGAAGAAAAUUCAUUAUUUUAAAAUGGAUUAUCGUUAUCAAAGAUAUCUAAGAUGCAUGGAGGUAAUGCCUGAGCCAGCAGGUACUUCUAGUCCUACUUAUGGUAGAGGUAUUAUCAAUUCUAUGAUUAAUAAUUUACCAUUUGAAAUGCAUAUGCCUGGCUACAAUUAUUUAGGUCCUGGUACCAAGCUUGAAAAGAGAUUGAAUGCAGGCAGCCAACCAAUAAAUAAACUUGAUGAAUUAGCUAUGAAUCACGAUAUAGCAUAUUCCAAAUCUAAAAAUUUGGAUGAUCGUCAUGCUGCUGAUUAUAACUUACAAGAAGGAGCUUGGAACAGGGUGUUGGCUGAUGAUGCUGGGCUGGGAGAAAAAGCAGUAGCAUGGUUAACAACUAAUGCCAUGAAAGCUAAAAGAGCUUUAGGUGCUGGCUUGCUAACAAAGUACCCUGUAUCUCUGGAACCAGCAGAGCAAGAAAAACUUGCAGCAGCUAUACAGGCACAGAAAGGUGUUUCUCUAAAGGUUAGUACUAUACGUACCAAAGAAUCUGUGAUGAGUGAGUCCUACUUACCCCUAACAAAAAGUCAGAUUGCAAAUCUUAAGAAAGGUGGUAAUAGUAUAAAAACCAUCAGAUUAUCAUCUGCUCAGGUUGAAAAGGUCAAGUCUGGAGGUUACCUUAAAACAAUACUUCAGUAUGGUCCUGCAGCCAUAGGUGCUGUUUCUGCUCUUGUUGAUCUUUUCAAAAGUAAAGAAAAAGAUGGCAAAGGUGUUUACAUCAAUAAGAAACCCAGAGGUUCAGGAGUUUACAUUAAUAAAAAACCAAAAAGUGGUGAAGGUGUUUACAUUAAUAAGAAACCUAAAGGUUCAGGUGUUUACAUCAAUAAAAAACCAAAAAGUGGUGAAGGUGUUUACAUUAACAAGAAACCUAAAGGUAAUGGUCUCUUGGAUGAGCUUUUAAAAAAAAAAAAGCUACUCCUCUGAAUAAUUUGGAAUUGACAGAGUAUGCUAUACAAUUGAAAAUACCUUUCUUUAGAGGUGUAUUCAUGCGUGAUAAGUUACCAACAAAAAUUUUAAAAAAUGAAUCUGCUAUUGUGAAUUUAGAUUCAAGCUCUGGUCCAGGUACUCAUUGGGUUGCAUAUGUGAAACAUGGUCAAAAUGUAGAAUAUUAUGACUCUUUUGGUGUUGCCCCACCAGCUGAAUUACUUGCUUACUUUGGAAAGAAAGCCAAGGUAAUUUAUAAUUAUGAGCAAGAUCAAAAAUUAAGUCAAGUUAUUUGUGGUCAUUUGUGUUUGAAGUUUCUGCAUAAAUACAUAUGAUUUCAAAUCUCUGAUAUUUGUAAAAUGGAUUUAGCUCUUGAAUUGCACAAACCUGUGAUUAAAAAAUUCAAAACUCGCCAAAUCAUCACCAAAGGUAUUGAUCACAUUUGGCAAGCUGAUUUAUUGAUCAUGUCUCAGUAUAAAAAAGAAAAUAAUGGCUACACCAAUAUUCUGAAUGUUAUAGACUGUUUUAGCAAGUAUGCUUGGUGUAUACCUCUAAAAUCAAAAUCUGGGAAAGAUGUUACUGAAGCAUUUCGUAAAAUACUAGAGUCCAAAAGACCUAAUCGAAAACCUGAAUUGCUGCAUGUUGAUCGUGGUAAAGAAUUUGUAAAUUCUACUUUCAAAAAAUUGUUGAAGGAAUACAACAUUACCAUGUACCAUACAUUCACUGAGAUCAAAGCAGCCAUGGUAGAAAGAUUUAACAGAACAUUAAAUGAGAAAAUGAAGCUGCAUUUUGAAGUCAACCAAAAUCAUCAUUGGAUAAAAAUUCUACCAAAGCUUGUUACUGAGUACAAUAAACAGGAUAUACAUAGAUCUAUUGGUAUGACUCCUGCAUCUGUAAACCAUAAGACAGAGCCAGAAGUUUAUCAACGAUUAUAUGGCAUUGAGAAAUUCAAAUUGCCAAAACCUACAUUUAAAAUAGGUGACCGUGUUAGAAUUAUUGCAUAUAGAUAUACAUUUACAAAUAAGUACUUAAGAAGGUGGACAAAAGAAAUUUUUGUGGUUGAUAAAGUACACUACACAGUUCCCAUAACAUACACUAUUAAAGCUUUGGAUGGUGAAAUGAUUAGUGGAAAGUUUUAUAAACAAGAAUUGCAGAGAACCAAAUUUUAAAAAUUGAGUAUAGUAGUAUACUGCUAACUCAUUUGAACUCAUCAAAACAGUCCUUCUUAGGGCUUUACCAAAAAAUAGAAAAAAUAAAAAAAAAUAAAAAUCUUAAAAAUAUAAAAAAAAUAUUAGUCUUAAGUUUAGUUUUAGUUACUUAGGUUAGAUAUUCAUAUCCUAAAUUGAAAAAAAAAAAAAAAAAAAAAAAAACAUAAAAAUCUUGAAAAUAUAAAAAAAGUAUUAGUCUUAAGUUUAGUUUUAGUUAGGUUGGUUAUUCAUAUCCUAAAUUUUUUAAAAAUGAAAAAUGUAGUAGCCUUAGGUUUAGUUUUAUGUUCUCAGUUAGGUUAGGUUCAAAUUAUUAGCCUACACUCAAAAAAAUAAUUCUUAGGUUCAGUUUUAGUUUCACUAUUCAUGUUGUUUGGUUAGGUUUAAAUUCAGAGAAAAAAAUAUAUUAGCUUCAGUCUGCAAUAAGAAGAUCCAUAACUGAGCUAACCUCACUUACAAAUGCUGCGCACGCAUCUAGUGGAGGAGUGGGGGUAGCUCCAAAAAAAAAACUAUAAAUACUGUUGUAGUUCAGCUAGGAGCUCAUUAUUCUCUUACCUCUCUUACAA